CCUGGCUUGGAAGGUGACGGCGCCUUCUCCGCAUCUCCAGACGGAGGGACCUUUCCCGCUCCUCCUUCUUUCCUCUUCAGUUCCUCUUGCCAUCCUCCUCCUCCUCCUCCUCCUCCUCCUUCAAGUCCUUUCCGACUUCGGGCAGCCCUAAGGCGACCCUGGGUCCCUGGGUGUCCUUGGCAGGUUCCUUCAGAGGGGCUGAGAGAGUGGGACUGUCCCCAAGUCCCCGGUGAGUCCUCCUAGCCCAGCAGGGAUUCGAACCCGGGUCUCCAGAGCCCUAGUCCCUAAUGCCACAUUGGCAUCACUGAGGAGGAAAGAGAUGCUCAAGGGAGAGGAGCCCAGAGCUCCACCAGCUUCUUAAGGAACUUUUCCUGCGAAGCCACACUUUGGCUGCUGGCACUGAAAGAGGAGGAGGAGGAUAUGCCUCCUUUGCCCGGGUUGCUGCUGGAGGACUCAUCUCAGCUUUGGGCUGAUCCCGGGAACUGUCCUUUUUGCACCCCUGGCACCCAAGUGCCUCCUUGUAAAGCCUGGCCUCGAUUGACCUAAGCGAGCCCUUCCUGUUUUGAAGAGCACCACCAUCUCCAUGGGCAGGAAUGGAAGAGGCAGGGUUGUCGCAGAAGAACCGGUCCACUGCUGUGGGAAAAGGAGAAGGCCUUUAUCCUAUUUGGGUGCUGAGCUUCCUUGCCCUCAUCCUCAUCCUCACGACAGCUGUGGACAUCUUGGGCAACCUCCUGGUGAUCUUGUCAGUCUACAAGAACAAGAAGCUGAGGAAAGCAGGCAAUGCCUUUGUGGUCAGCCUGGCUGUUGCAGACUUACUGGUGGCACUAUACCCCUACCCACUAGCCCUGAUUGCCAUUUUCCAUAAUGACUGGGUUAUGGGCUACCUCCACUGUCAGGUGAGUGGAUUCCUGAUGGGCAUGAGCGUCAUAGGCUCCAUUUUCAACAUCACUGGCAUUGCUAUCAACCGCUACUGCUACAUCUGCCACAGCCUGAAGUACGACAGGCUCUUCUCCCUCAGCAACACACUAUGUUAUGUGGGGCUUGUUUGGGCCCUUACCUUGCUGGCCAUCAUGCCAAAUCUCUUUGUGGACUCCCUGAAAUAUGACCCCCGGGUGUAUUCUUGCACUUUUGCCCAGUCUGUCAGUUCGCUCUAUACUAUCAUGGUGGUAAUUGUCCAUUUCUUCUUGCCCAUCACCAUCGUCAGCUACUGUUAUCUCAGGAUCUGGAUCCUUGUGCUCCAGGUGCGGCGGCGAGUCAAGCCAGAUGUCCGGCCCAAAAUAAAACCCCAUGACUUCCGGAAUUUCCUGACCAUGUUUAUGGUCUUUGUCCUCUUUGCUGUCUGCUGGGCACCACUCAACUUCAUUGGCUUUGUAGUGGCACUGAAGCCAGCAUUGGAUUCUUCCAUACCAGCAUGGCUCUUCACAGCAAGCUACUUUAUGGCAUACUUUAACAGCUGCUUGAACGCUGUGAUUUAUGGAGCACUGAAUCACAAUUUUAGGAAGGAGUACAAGAGAAUCAUUCUGACUCUGUGCCAGCUGGCUUGUAGGGUGGAUUAAAAGAAAUCCACUGAAUUCAAUUGGGAUUUGAACACAUAAAGCAGGACAAAGUUUACAAGAGUCCUUCAGUGAUCAUAGGAGGUGAACUGAGAACACAGUUCUUUAUAACAAAGUGUUAAAUGGCUUGUUGUGGUUUGUUCUCUGAAAGCAAUGAGGUUUGAGAGUCCCACUUUAGGGCAUAACUGGCAUAGCAAACCAUGACUUCUUAUCAGUAAAAUCACACUGGUAACACAGCUGAGCCAAGUAAUUUGUAUCAAGUGAUGUAUUUUAUUUAUUGCAUGAACUGCUUUCCAGCCUUUCAUGAUUUUCUGUACUUGCGUUCCAAAAGUCCCACUGAGUUUGAGAUUGCCUCUCAGAAGCUAUCUGAUAUUCCCCAAAUAGGUUUUGCUGAAGGCAGUCCAGGGACUGUGGCAAGGAUAACUCUGAUCAUUGUACAUAUUGCAAUACAUGUGUCAUGCAUUGCAAUAGGUGGAUUUCAUAUCUUGUACUCUUUCUCUCUCUGACUCCAGUCAACAAGAUAAUAUGCACAAAGGUGCAGGUAUGUGUGCAUGUAUGUGCAUGCACAUGUACACACAUACAUGUUCACAGAAAAGCUCAUUGGCUGAGAAAUUAAAAACUGGAGUAAUCUAUUUCCCAAAGAGCUGUAGUACUUUAACACAUUUCAGACAACAUGGACUAUCAUGAAAUAUAGUCCAUCAGAUACAUAAGCUGCUAUCUUAAAUUUCAGGUAUACAUCUAGUAGAUUUGGUUGGGAUUGUACACAUGAGGCAAGAUGGAAAUUACAUGUAGAAAAUGCUGGAUGUGACAUUUACAUUAACAAUAUCCAUUCCCCAAACUGUUAUUGUCCCUAUGUGUGCCUCUGUGAAUCCCAGGGUAAAUAUGUAGCAUUGCACUUCUCCUGUGUGCUGCCCAUAAAGAAGAAAAUAAUUCAGACUUCCCUUCCAAAAAUAUUCAUUCACCUAUAUCAUUCACUUUAGCUAUCAUCAUUUUUUGGUUUACAGAUGCUAAAGUGAGUUCAAUCCAGAAAAAAAAAAAACCACGAGAAUGGCUCUGUGAAACUCACUGGAAGAGCAAAUUUCAGGUUGCAUAUUGGAAAAGUAGAUAUGCAUUACCAUUUGAGAAGUCAUUAUAGCUGUUCCAGUCAGUUUGCCUAGUCAGCCACCAUGCUUGUUCUCUCACAAGGUUUCUCCCUGGAAAAAGAGGCAGAACCCUUUGAUGCCCGCAUGGACGUUUGCCCUGCCUUGGUUAUGACAAAGGGAAGAAGGACACUUCCUCCACGUAAUCUUGCUCUGGAUGAGAAGGAAGAUUUUAUUUCUAGCUCAGGCACAAAAUUGACUGUACCCUUCCAGCCCUCAAAUUGACCCCAGGGCAAACUUAGUCAUGGAGCAAAGUGGAGUAAGGACAGCCAUGGCUGCAAUAUAAUAUUUCUGAUUUUUAAUAGCCUACAUUUGGACACAGACAUUUGGGAGUGGGGUGGGAAUAAAUAAGACUACAGUGUCUGCACACCAAGGGAAUCUGGAAACUGUAGGCUAAAAAAAAAAGAGCUACUUUCCUAAACUCUGUAUUUCUGUGUGAAGUCGAAGGCUUUCAUGGGUUUUUUGUGGGUUUUUUCGGGCUAUGUGGCCAUGUUCUAGAAGAGUUUAUUCCUGAUGUUUUGCCAGCAUCUGUGGCUGGCAUCUUCUCUGAAUUUCUGUAUUUCCUAUACUCUCUAUAACAGCAGUCUACACCAAGCACAACCAAGAACAUACAAGAAGGUUUUCCAAGGUGGCAGAAGCUCUUGGGUUCAGUCUCAAGUCUCUGUUGCUUUCUGUGCCAUGAAGAACCCUAAACUAGCUCUUAAAAAUUGUGUGGAGAGGUUGAGGGAAGA